AUGCAAGAGCUGUAUAAAAGGAGGCUCUUCUCCCCACUCUCACAUUCACUGCACUCACCUCCAUCUCCUUGCAACAAGGUGCAUCUGCAGCCCCAAGCCAUGUCCUGCUACAGCCCGUGCCGGCCCUGCCAGCCCUGUGGCCCCACCCCGCUGGCCAACAGCUGCAAUGAGCCCUGUGUCAGGCAGUGCCAGGACUCCACCGUGGCCAUCCAGCCCUCGGCCGUGGUGGUGACCCUGCCUGGCCCCAUCCUCAGCUCCUUCCCACAGAACACCGUGGUGGGAUCCUCCACCUCUGCUGCUGUUGGCAGCAUCCUCAGCUCUCAGGGAGUGCCCAUCAGCUCUGGGGGCUUUGGCCUCUCUGGCCUGGGCAGUGGCCUCUGUGGCUUCCCCUGCUGA